GGGUCUGCUGAUUCUGGACUGCCGAAACAUGCAUGAUAGCGCUGGUGAUCUUGCCCUUUUGCCCCUGCAAGAGCUCAACACUCGUGCCAUCGCGCGCAUCGAUUGGGCCGAUGCCCUCCUACGCAAGCAAGGCAUUGACGUGGGCGAGGAAGCCUUCCGUCGCCGCGAAAUGUCGUCGCGCUCCCGACAACGCUUUGACCUCCUCUUUGAUGCCGACGAUCUCUUCAUUGCCCAUCUCGCUGCCACAGCUCCUUGGGUGCCCAUCAUCAAACACCUUCUCGGUGUCGACUUCAAGUGCCAAGUGAGCGUCGUCUACUCUCGCCCGGGAGCUGAGGAGCAGACCUGGCAUGCUGACGGGCCUCAUAUCAGCCAUACCGCCGACUGGAAUGGCCGUGGCGCCUCGGCACCCUAUGCCCUCUGCGUCUUUUUGCCCCUCAUGGACCUCGACCGGACAGUCGGAUUCACUCAAUUCUGGCCGGGCUCCCACAAAUAUGAUUCCCUCCUCGGUUUUGGACACGCCUGUACCCUCACAGAAAGCACCCUCGACGGUCUGGUCUCGCUCGGCCACGCCGUCAUGUAUGACUAUCGCACCAUUCACCGAGGUAUGCCCAAUACGAGCAAAAAUACCCAGCGUGCCCUCCUGCAAUUUCUGUAUCAUGUGCCGUCUUAUGCAGAGGCUCGCAAUUACGGCACACAAUCGCUACUGGACGUGUUCUAA